CAAAUAAACUGUAUAUUAUAUUUUCCAAUUGAAAAAUAUAAAAUGAUUCCUAUUCUAAACAACAUAAAUUGGCUGGAUACUAUUUGUGCCGAGAGUCGUUCAAAGUUUUUCCCAAGCAAAACAGCUUAUAAAGUUCUGCGCAAAGCAAAUAAUGGUCUAAUAAGCACGGAUGAGUGCUAUAGCUUUAUUAAAAAGAACAUAAAGCCUAAACACAUAAUACAAGAAGAUGAAUUGUGGAAGAUUCCCAUUAUACUGGUCUGUCUUGGCUGCAUUUUGGUCAUAAUAAUGACAAUCUGUUUCGUAUGCCAAUACCUCAUAGGAAAGGUCCAAGCCUCAACACGGCAUACGCAGUUCGAUUUUAAUAUUUGCGAUGAAAAAAGAAGUAAACAGAACCACAAGGCCGUCCAAAGCGAACGUCAAAAGUCAGAUGAUAAAACUUGGUGCACUUGCUUACGUAGUAAAUAAUGAAAAUCAGUUAAAAAUUGUCUGUUUGUUUUUAAUGUUUAUGUUAAUAAAUACAAAAAGCAUUCAUGAAAAAUCAUGUCUCCCUACAA